GUGCAGUUAAAUUUAUAUCGGUUUUAUAAGUCUUGCUUUCAAUCUAUUAAUUCUAUUGUCCAUAAAAAUUUAAAUUUGAAUAUAUUUCAAAUAGAAUUAUAUAGUAUAGUAGAACAAAUCAAUAUGGUAGGACCAGGUUCAUUACUUAUAAGCUUGACAACAGCUUUUUUUAUAAGUUUAGUAUUUACUUUACAAAUUGCAAAAGAGUUUUUAUACCUUAAUGCUGUCCGUCUUAUAGGAGCUGUUCUUACAUUAGCUUUUAUUAGAGAACUAUCUCCGGUACUUACUUCUGUAAUUCUUAUUGGUCGUGUAGGAUCAUGCUUUACUUCAGAAUUAGCUACUAUGACAGUUACUGAACAAAUUGAUGCAUUAUACCUAUUAAAUACAAAUCCUAUUGUUUAUCUAGUUAUUCCUCGUAUUGUUUCUUGCUCUGUCAUGCUACCUAUACUUACUUUACUAUCAUUUUUUACUAGUUUAGCAAGCAGUGCUUUUAUUUGUUUUACCUUAUAUGGUAUUAGUCCUGUUAUAUUUUUCACAUCUUCUGCUACAGCGUUAUCAAUUAUUGAUGUAGUGAAAUCAUUAUUGAAAACGAUAAUAUUUGGUUUUACCAUAUCGUUAAUUAGUUGUACUUGUGGGCUGAUUACUAAAGGCGGUGCAAGAGGAGUCGGCCAAUCUACGACUCUAUCGGUUGUUAUUUCUUUACUAGCAGUUUUUAUUAUAGAUUGCAUUCUUUCAUAUUUAAUGUUCAAUAGAUUAGAUAGUUCAAUUCAAGCUUUUUAG